AUUUUUUCGUUACUUCUUUCGUAUCUUUUUUGUUGCAAAUUGAACAUUUAUUUUAUGUUUAUAGAGUCAAUAAUAGAUGCCUAGGGGUGGGGGAGGUAGAGGAAGAGCGAAAGGAAAAGGUCGAGCUCAGGUACUGGCAGAUGGCCAGUCUCUACAGCCAGCCAGACGGCCGGAUAUAACUCCUAUUCUAGACUCUGAUCACCCGACAGAAAAGGAACCAUCUAGCGAAGAAAAAGGGGCUAAUAAGGUGUCUUCUGAUAGAAGUCUAAUUGCUGUCUCAGGUGCCACAGCAGUUCCUCAAUUAACAGGACAAUUAUCACAACUGACAACAACAUCUUCAGUUGGUUACACAAGGCGCGAGGAAGAACUUCAGUUUCCACGAAGACCAGGUUAUGGCAAGGUUGGUCGAUCAAUCAACCUUCUUGCAAACUUUUUUGCACUCACCCUGCCUCGGAAAGAAUUCAUUUACCAUUACGAUGUCACAAUCCAUCCAGAGACUGUGAAGUCCAUUCAUAGACAAAUCAUGGAAAUUGUUUAUAACAAAUAUUCUGAGAAAGCUUUUGGAAAAGCAAGGCCUGCAUUUGAUGGAAUAAAGAAUUUCUACACGAUAAAGGAUCUUCCUAUUGGCAAAGAUGGAGUGAAACUGGUGGUUACCCUUCCUAAUGAUGAAAAGGACAGACGUUUUACAGUAACCAUCAAGUUUGCAGCAAAAGUGUAUUUGAAAGAAUUAAAAGAUUUCCUGUUUGGUAAGGGUGCUGGAUCACGACCUCAGGACGCUCUAAUGACACUGGAUAUCAUUUUACGGCAUAUCCCAUCGUUUAAAUUUGAGGCAGUUGGUAAAGGGAUAUUUUGCCCACCAAACUCACGAACAGUUGACCUUGGUGAAGGCAUUGAUUUACGUUUUGGAUUUUAUCAAACUGUUCGUCACUCUGAGUGGCAGACUGUGCUGGUUAAUGUUGAUGUUUCAGCAAAAGCAUUUUACAAAGAGCAACCACUUGUCAAUUUUCUUUGUGAAAGUUUGAACAUUGGUGUGCAGGAUCUGGACAAUCCCAGACUGUUUGAAGACAAAAGGAAGUUUUAUCAACUGAAAGAUGCUAUCAUUGGUCUGAGAGUUAAAACAAAUCAUCUUGAAGCAUUGAGAAGAAAGUUUGUCAUUGGUAGAAUAACAAGACCAGCGAAUCAAGCCUCUUUUAAAUGUGAUGGUAAGGAGGUUACCGUCGCUCAAUAUAUGAAAGAGAAAUAUGGCAUCACCUUGAGAUACCCCAAUCUACCAUGUGUGACACGACCAACACAGCAGGCUCAGUUUCCUUUGGAAGUACUCGAUGUUGUACCUUGUGUUCGGAAGAAGAUCACAGAUGAACAGAAGGCAAAGAUGAUUCGACAGACAGCUCGCCCAGCAAAAGAGAGAGAACAUGAUAUCAAAUUAUGGGCGAACCAGUUGGAAGAAAUGAAUCGGGAUUAUCUGAGCGAAGAAUUUGGUAUGAAAAUGAUACCACAGUUGGCCGAUGUUCAAGGCAGGGUGCUUCCAGCCCCGAUACUUGAUGUAGGUGGGAAAAAUAAUCGGCUAACACCUCACGAUGGAUCAUGGGAUAUGAGGAAUAGGGAAUUCUACAGAGGAGUGGUUAUCGACUGCUGGGCGAUUGUUUUAUUCACGAGCGAGAAGGUUUGCCGCGCUGACCAAGUGCGGAAUUUUGCGGGCAACUUUCGGAGUGUUGCAUCACGGGAAGGUGUACGAGUCUCGUCAGACCCAAUAGCAGUGAAGUAUGAGAAACCACAUAAGGUCGAGGAACUGUUGUGUUCUCUGAAGACGGAACAUACGAAGCUGCAAUUACUCUUCUGUGUUCUGCCCGACACGAGGAAAGCUCUGUACGGCGAGAUCAAACGCGUCGCCGACAACGUCAUCGGCGUUGUCACGCAGUGCGUCCAAUCAAAAUUCUUGGUGACACCAAAGCCGCAGGUGAUUUCGAACAUCACGAUGAAGGUCAACGCGAAACUAGGCGGGAUCAAUCACAUCAUAUGCAAAGACGUGCAAGCGGAUGUUUUUAAGGAACCUAUCAUCGUGUUUGGCGCGGACGUUACUCACCCGCAGACAGGGGACAGUAUAUCGCCCUCCAUCGCGGCUGUCGUCGCAAGCAUCAAUCUCCAGGCCAGCUCGUACACCGCCAUUGUCCGCGCACAGGUGACGAAGAAAACGAAGCCGUCGAAAAAGACGGAAACAGUCGAAAUUAUCGACAAUCUAGAUCAAAUCGUCAAGGAACUUCUUGUUCGCUAUUACAAGAAAACGCGAUGCAAGCCAGCGAAGAUUUUGUUCUACAGGGAUGGCGUUAGCGAGGGACAAUUUGAGGCCGUUUAUAUGUACGAACUACGGGCCAUUCAGAAGGCCUGCAUGGAGCUGCCAGGGAAAUACAGACCCGGAAUCACUUUGGUUAUCGUUCAGAAGCGGCAUCACGCACGCUUCUUUUGUGCUGACGCCAAAGACAAGUCUGGAAAGGCUGGAAAUAUUCCUGCAGGAACGACCAUUGAUCGUGGCGUUGUUCAUCCGUACGAGUUUGAUUUCUACCUCUGUAGCCAUUUUGGGAUACAGGGCACUAGUCGACCUACGCAUUAUCACGUGCUUCAUGACGAUAAUAAAUUCAGUGCAGAUCAUCUGCAGCAAGUGACCAAUGAACUGUGCUACACGUUUGCUAGAUGCACGCGAUCCGUUUCCAUUCCCUCGCCAGCUUAUUAUGCUCAUCUGGUCGCCUUCAGAGCGAGGUAUCACAUGCAUACCGAAAAAUUUUACAAUGGAAAAAAACCAAAAUCACAGGAAGAGAUUCUCAGAAUUGUGAAUAAUGACAUUAAAGUGGAAGAAAAACACAGUCAUACAAUGUAUUUUACAUGAAUAAAACAUUUUAAAUGAUUAGGAAUGGAAAUGAGCAGCUCAUUUUUCAAAUGUUGUAAAUAGUUUUUAAAUUCCUGGGAAA